CCAUUACAAAACCUCCAAUAAUUGUCAACAUUAAUAUUUUAGUGUGUGUCUGGCUGGGUUCAUUCCAUUCUGAAACAUGCACCCCACGUUGUGUCAACCAUCCAAAACCACAGCAAACCUUAAACACACACACAAACCUUAAACAUUAAUCAACCAAUCAAUCCCAAACUUUAAUUUGCCCUCCUCCUCUUCUCAUUCAAUUCUAUUCCCCUCAACAAAAUCUCUCCGAUCCCUCCCCAUUUCAGUCAGCUUUUUAAUGCUUUUCUGAACCCCCAUCUGCAAUCCGGCUAGCUUGAAUCAGAGAAGAUGGUUCAGGCAAUCGAGGCAGACGCGGGGAGCCAGAACACGGCCAAUAAUGGCAAACCAUCAGACGAGAAGCUGAUGAAGGAGAGGUUUGCAAAAUUGCUUCUUGGUGAGGAUAUGUCAGGCGGUGGAAAGGGCGUUUCUUCUGCUUUGGCUUUGUCAAAUGCAAUCACAAAUACAGCAGCUUCUGUGUUUGGAGAAAUAAAGAGAUUGGAGCCAAUGGCAGCAGAAAGGAGAGCAAGGUGGAGAAAGGAAAUAGAUUGGCUUUUGUCUGUUACAGACCACAUUGUUGAACUUGUCCCUUCCAAACAAACAUCAAAAGAUGGAACAUGCAUGGAGAUUAUGGUAACUAAGAAGAGAACCGAUCUGCGAACGAACAUCCCAGCGCUACGCAAGCUAGACGCGACGCUCAUUGAUUGUCUGGACAGCUCUAAGGAUCAAAACGAGUUCUACUAUUCAUCGUCGAAGGAUGAUGGUGAGCAGAAAGGCAAGAAUAGCAAGAAAGUCGACAAAUGGUGGAUACCAACUCCUCAUGUCCCGCCUGCUGGCUUGUCUGAAUCUUCGAGGAAAUGGUUACAGGUUCAGAAGGAUUCGGUUAACCAAGUUCUCAAAGCAGCCAUGGCCAUAAAUGCUCAAGUUCUUGCAGAAAUGGAGAUCCCAGAGAGUUAUAUAGAAUCUCUGCCAAAGAAUGGUAGAGCAACCCUGGGAGACUCGAUCUACAAAAGCAUCACAGAUGAAUAUUUCGAUCCUGAUUAUUUUCUGUCCAUGAUGGGGUUGUCUUCAGAACAUGAACAUAAAAUCGUGGAACUUAAGAAUAAGAUUGAAGCAUCUGUAGUGAUUUGGAAAAGGAAGAUGAUCCAUAAAAAUGAAAAGUCGAGCUAUCGUUCAGCUGUCAGUAUGGAAAAACGAGAGAUCUUUGAAGAUCGAGCAGAGACUAUAUUGCUCAUUCUCAAGCACCGCUACCCUGGAAUCCCUCAAUCUUCACUGGAUAUCAGCAAAAUCCAAUAUAACUCGGAUGUCGGGCAUGCAGUGCUGGAGAGCUAUUCGAGAGUAAUUGAAAGCCUGGCUUACACGGUCUUGUCAAGAAUAGAAGACGUUAUUCAAGCAGAUGCCGCUACACAAACUAACCAUGCCAGCAAAAAGAAGGGUUGUUCUCAUAAAGACACUCCAAAUGCUAAAGACGCAAAUGCAUCAAUGACACUGUGGGACUUCAUGGAUUGGUCGAAGUUGGAUCAAGGAGAGGACGGUGCAAAGAAAGGAGUUAAGGAUCAAUCGGCAAAAGACAAAGACGCAAAGCUCCUAAGUAAACCACCCAGCUUAGUAGUAACCACCGGCAAGAAAACUUCCUACUUGGAAAACUUAGCAGGCUCCAUAAGUCCUACAGCACGCCACUAAACAUUUUAAACUGUGCAAUGCUGGUUAGCUCAGAUCAGGAGCCUGGAAUUGAAUCUCGACUUAUGGUAGGAGACUAGGAGUUCAUCAAGACUGAUAAUAAGGCUCGGGCUGAGAUGUAUUUAUCAAGAUCGGUUCAUGCCUUAUAGGAUUUGACCAAGUUAUUCCUCGUGUAAUUUUGGAUAUUCCAUACCCUAAACAUAACUCACCUUCCAAAGAGUUCCAUCUAGCUUACAAUUAGUCGUCUAUGACCUUGUAGAAAUUGGAGAGAAGAUAUAGAUUAUAGUAUUCAUAUUUGUUUUUGGAUAUUCCAUACCCUAAAUAGAUUGUUUGGUUUGAUUUGAUAUGGUUCCUUCUAUAAAUUCACAAUUAUCAUAAGCAUACGAAAUCCCAAAUCAAUCGAAUGAAAUUGCACAAGAACAUUAAGCUAACAAGAGAGCAAUGUUUCAAAUGGCAAUAAUAUUGAACUUCUUGAAAUAGAGGUCUCUAGUAGGCUUCAGUUAUACUUACAAGCUUACACCGGACACAACAAAGACAGAAAAUC